UCUGCCCUUUUCGGUGUAUGCUUACUUUCGACCAGUGAAACCCUAGUACCAGACCAGUACUGAUUGGAAAUCCCAACUCAAGGCGCUUGAUCUCCAUGGCGGAGGAAGCAAUUGUCGCCGCUGAUAGCCCUGCACCGCUCGAGCACAAGCGCAAGCACGAAGAUGGGGAGACCGAAGCCCUCGAACCAUCGAUGGGCGACUCGAACGCGGUUGAGAAAGCUGCCGUUGCCGCGGUUGAUUCCGAAGAGUCUGAGGCGAAACGGCCCCGUGCAGAGGAGCAACCUGACGAAUUAGUAGUUACUGAGAAUGGUUUCCAAGAGCAAAAGGUGGAUGAGCCUGUCAAGGAGGACGUUGAACCACCAUCUAUGGACAGUGGUUCCAAAAUUGAGAAUGCUCAAGAAUCAAUCAAGGAAGAAGCUUUAGAGAUGGUAAACAAAGAACAGACCUCCAAUGAAGAUCACCAGAUAGAGGAUAUCCAACAAACUAUAGUUGAGAAUGCUGAGUUGGAAAAUUCUCAGCAACAACCAUAUCCAGGGGUGCUUCAGGAUGCCUCUGCCCAAGUUCCUCAGCAGGGGGACAUCUCUUCCUCAGAGCAGAAACCUGCAUCUGAUACUCAAACUACAUCACAGAAAAUUGAGGUCCCAAAUAAUAAGGUUGGGGUUCUCAUUGGCAAGGCUGGGGACACUAUAAGAUUCCUGCAAAAAAAUUCUGGUGCCAAAAUUCAGAUCACAAGGGAUGCUGAUACUGAUCCGCAGUCUACCACAAGGGCUGUAGAACUAAUUGGGACUCCUGAGAAUAUAAUUAAGGCUGAGAAACUAAUUCAAGAUGUUAUAGCCGAGGCAGAUGCUGGGGGUUCCCCUUCCCUUGUGGCGAGGGGCUUCAGCACUGUACAGGCUGCUGGAGCUGCAGAACAGAUUCUCAUACAAGUUCCAAAUGAGAAGGUUGGUGUAAUCAUAGGCAAAGGCGGGGAGACUAUCAAAAGCCUACAGACGAGAUCAGGGGCACGCAUCCAGUUAAUACCGCAACAUCUUCCUGAGGGGGAUCAAUCUAAAGAAAGGACAGUACGUGUCUCUGGUGACAAGAAGCAGAUUGAAAUAGCAAGAGAAAUGAUAAAGGAAGUCAUGACUCAGCCUGCAAGGCAGUUGCCUCGCUCUUGGGGUCAUAAUCAACAGGGGGUUCAUCCUCGUGGAGCUCCAUCACACUGGGGAUCCCGCAGUCCUCAUCCUGCCCAGCCAACUGGGUAUGAAUAUCAUAGAGGACCAUAUCCAUCUCAGAAUUCUCAGUAUCCACCUCAAGGGUAUGGUAAUUAUCCUCAGCAACAAGCAGCUCCAAGAAGCAGUCUGGUUCCAGGAAUGGGGCAGAGGCCACAAAUGAUGCAGGGUCCCCCUCUCCAGGGUGACUAUUAUGGUGGGCAAGGUCGAAUGCUUGACACCCCCAAGUCUGCCCCACCAUCUAAUGCUGUUCCUGCUCAUGGUCCUGGUCCUUCCCCUGUGGGCCCUCCCCCGUCAUAUGGAAAUUACAACUACGGCCAACAUGGCACAGAUUAUGGGCUGCAAGCUCCUUACAGCCAGGUUGUUCCUUCUCAGAACUAUGGGCAUGGAUAUAAUGAAGCUAAAUACGAGAACCAGGCUCCCAGUCAUCAACCCCAUGUAGACCCACAGCAAAUGGCCUACCCUCAAGGUGCUACUUAUCCAGGUUAUAAUCCUCAGGACCAGUAUGGUAAGCCGUCUUAUGCCGUGCCACCACAUGGACCUCCGUCCCAAACCUAUGUCCAGCCAAGAGCCGGUCAACCGGCUGAUGUGCCUUAUCAAGGUCCUGUCUCAUCGACCCAACCUUACGGUCAAACUGCACCAGCUCAACAGGCAUACCCAUUCCCCCCGAGUGGGCAUAUGCAGCAGCAAACUUAUCCUCCAUAUGCUUCUGCCGCUGCUACUGAAGGGUAUAUUCAGCAAACACCCGUCACAACAGCAUCCGGGCCCGUUUAUCCCCAGCAAGGUGGCCAGUUUGUUGCCGGUUAUUAUGGUCAACCUGGAGGACAGCAGGCUCCUGGUUAUGCUCAAGUGGCUUCACAACCCGCUCAAAACAGCUCGGGAUAUGGGUACCACCAAGGUGCAGCGGAUCCAGCUUAUGCUAGUGGCCCUGUGGGAGGUUAUUCUGCUGCAGCGGCGGGGCAAGCCGGGUAUGUUCAGCCAGCUCCUCCGGCGGCCCAGCCAGGCUACGUGCAGUAUGAUUCCACUCAGAUGUAUGGUGCACAUCACUGAACACUGAACAUUUUGAGAUUGGCUUCAACCACCAAGAAGACGAGAAAUAGGCCUUUUCCAAAUGCUGGUUUCCAUUUCCAACCUUUUCUUGUGAGCUUUUUGGUUUUCCAUCUACUUCGUUUGUAUUAUGCGUAUUCGUAUUGUACUAUGAAUGAUGGGCGGAACCUUUUAUCUGAUCCUUACUUCUUGCC